AUGUCCUUCUUCCAAGGAGACUCCCGUCCAGGUGAACAACCAGCGCCACCUCCACGCGCCCUUACUCCUGUCGAGGUUGGAGUCAUCAUCGGCACCAUUGCAGUCUUCAUCGCCGCCCUUGCCACCCUGUUCUUCUACCGCAAUCGCAAGGCCAAGAGACGCCGCGCCGAGAGCAGAAAUGUCGCUGACGACGAUGACACGCAACCAGACACGGGCCAGAACAAGAACGACGACACAUCAUCUCGGGAGGCGGAAAGCGAUAUGGUAUCACCUUCGACGAGGAAAAAGGGAACCAGGUCCGGGUUUAGAGCUAUGAAAGUGUACGAAACUGAUGUCGAGAGAGGGGAGGAGCACGAGAUGCGUGACAGAGCCUGA